AUGACAGCAACGGUUGACGUGGAAGCUUUGCUCGUCAAGCUCAACAAUGUGGAAAAGGUUGCCCUACUAGCAGUUCCUCUACCCAAGCAUGGUGUCCCUAAAAUCAGAGUAUCGGACGGACCGAAUGGUGUACGAGGCACCACUUUCUUCAAUGCUACUCCAGCUGCGUGCUUCCCUUGCGGUACCGCUCUCGGAGCAACUUGGGAUAUCGAACUCCUCCGCAAAGCAGGCAAUGUGAUGGCCCAUGAAGCCAGGGCUAAAGGGACCCACGUGAUUUUAGGUCCUACUAUCAACAUGCAGCGUUCUCCUCUAGGAGGCAGAGGCUUCGAAAGUAUUAGCGAAGAUCCUGUUCUCGCGGGUCUUGGUGCUGCUGCCUUAGUCAAUGGUAUUCAAGAUGAUGACAUUAUUGCUACCAUCAAGCAUUUUGUCUGUAAUGACCAAGAGCAUGACCGGAAUGGGACGGAUGCUAUCAUUACAGAUAGGGCAUUGAGAGAGAUUUACUGCUUGCCAUUUCAGUUGGUCAUCAGAGACUCCAAGCCUGGAUGUUUCAUGACUGCUUACAACAAAAUCAAUGGUCUCCAUGUCAGUGAGAAUCCCAAGAUCCUCCAGACUAUUCUCAGAGAGGAGUGGGGCUUCGAUGGUUGUGUAAUGAGCGAUUGGUGGGGAACAUAUUCAACAUCCGGGUCAAUCAAAGCAGGUCUUGAUCUAGAAAUGCCAGGAGCCACAAAAUGGCGAGGCGAGACGCUGGUUCAGGCCGUUGGUGUCAACAAAGUACCACAGCACAUUCUUGACGAGCGGGUUCGAAACGUUUUGAAUCUCAUAAACCGUUGUGCUAUUGCCAAUAUCCCUGAAAAUGCGGAAGAAAAGACUGCGGAUACGCCGGAAACAGCCGCUCUACUAAGGAAAAUUGGUGCUGAUUCUAUUGUCUUGAUGAAGAAUGACGACAAAGUACUACCUCUGUCCAAAGAGAAGAAGACUCUUGUUAUUGGCCCCAAUGCUAAAAUUUCAGCUUAUCACGGAGGUGGCUCAGCAGCACUUCGAGCCUACUAUGCUGUCACACCAUUUGAGGGUAUCAGUGCCCAGCUGACCUCACCGCCCGAAUAUACAGUUGGCUGCUACGCCCACAAGGAGUUGCCACUCAUCGGCAGCAUUCUCAAGACCGACAAAGGAGAACCAGGUGUAUCAUUCCGAGCCUACAAUGAGCCACCGUCAGUCAAGAACCGCGAGAUCGCUGAUGAGCUUCUCCUAACCAAGACUGAGUUAUUGAUGAUGGACUAUGAAUGCUCGAGAUUCAAGAGCCCCAUGUGGUGGGCUGAUAUCGAAGGCUAUCUUACCGCCGAAGAAGAUUGUGACUUUGAGUUUGGUCUAGGUUGUUUUGGAACGGCUAAGCUGUUUGUUAACGACAAGUUACUUAUUGACGAUGAGACGACGCAGACGAAAGGAACAAUGUUUUUCAACUGUGGGACUACUGAAGAGAAGGGUAUUUUGCCUAUGAAGAAAGGAGAAAAGUACCAUAUCAAGGUUGAAUUCGGCAGCGCGCCUUCAAGCAAAUUGGAUCCUGGAAGCUCUUUACUUUUCGGACAGGGUGCGGUGAGACUCGGUGGCGCGAAAGUCAUCAACGCAGAGGAAGAAAUCAAGCACGCAGCUACUCUGGCAAAGGAAGCUGAUCAAGUGAUCAUCUGUGCCGGUCUUAAUGCCGAUUGGGAAGGCGAAGGCGCAGACAGAGAAAACAUGGACCUUCCCGGCAAGAUGAACGACCUUGUCACGGCCGUCGCCGCAGCCAACCCUUCUACAGUUGUAGUAAUGCAAUCCGGGACCCCCGUCUCCAUGCCCUGGGCUUCCUCCAUUAAAGCCAUGAUUCAUGCAUGGUAUGGCGGCAACGAGACCGGUAACGCCAUGGCCGACAUCUUGUUCGGAAACGUUAAUCCGAGCGCCAAACUCCCGCUCAGCUUCCCAGUCCGUUUACAAGAUAACCCUGCAUUCUUGAACUACAGAACGGAGAAGGGACGGACGCUCUACGGCGAAGACGUCUAUGUGGGAUACAGGUGGUAUGAGAUGCUCGACCUGCCUGCUCUAUUCCCGUUCGGUCAUGGACUCUCUUACACAACCUUCUCUGUAUCCGACUUGGAGGUCGAGAAGACGGACAAGGAUCUCAACGUUACCGUCAAGGUUACCAACACCGGCGAUGUAUCAGGCGCGGAAGUGGUACAAGUCUAUGUUGCGCAGAAGAGCCCCAGCAUCAAGCGCCCAGUGAAGGAAUUGAAGGGCUUCAGGAAAGUGUGGUUGGGAAAAGGAGAGAGCAAAGCUGUGAAAGUUCCAAUUGAAGUCAAGUAUGCGGCGAGCUUUUGGGACGAGGUUAGAAAUGCUUGGGUGAUGGAGAAAGAUGAGUAUGCGGUGCUGGUUGGGACUACGAGCAAGGAGGUCCCUCUGAAGGAGACUUUCACCGUGGAGAAGACAAGUUGGUGGAAUGGUAUCUAG